UGGCUGAUUCUGUCCGUCACAGGCCUUUCUGGAAGCCUCCGGGGGGGGCUGUCUUGUCUUGCAAAUGGUCCCUGUGUGUGUGUGGCCAUGGGAAUCCGCUCAACGUCAGCCCUCCGAUGCAUGGCUGCUCAAUGUACGCCGCAGUGCUCUGUCACUUCUCGGCACUCGCCCCAUCUCCCACGCCGUCAUCGACUGCAUACACAUGUACAAACAUGUACAUAUAUUGAUUGAUUGUGUGUGA